AAAAAAAAUCCAAAAUACAAAUCGGACUGGCGUUAAGUAUGAGGGGAAUAAAGAUGACAGCAGUCCGGGCCGCCUCGUCGCUGCUGCCGCUCGUGCUGGUCGUGAUGCAGUCCGGGGCCGGGCUGUGCGCGCGGAGGUUCCGCGGCGGCCGCAACCCGCAACCGCGACGCGCGGCGGCGAGCGGCAGCCGGGGUGACGCCGCCGAGAGCUUCCCGCUGGAUUUCACCGCCGUGGAGGAGAACAUGGACAACUUCAUGACGCAAGUGAAGAACCUGGCGCAGUCGCUGUACCCGUGCUCCGCGCAGAAGCUGGACCACGACAUGCGGCUCCACUUUGUGGACAACGCUUCGGUCACGUGCAACGACGGGAGCCCGGCCGGGUAUUACCUGAAAGAAUCCAGAGGAAGCAGACGCUGGUUGAUUUUCCUCGAGGGCGGCUGGUACUGCUUCAACAAAGAGAACUGCGACAGCCGAUAUGAGACCAUGAGGAGGCUGAUGAGCUCGUCCAAGUGGCCUCAAAGCAAAACCGGCACCGGGAUCCUGUCGCCGCUGCCGGAGGAAAACCCUCACUGGUGGAACGCCAACAUGGUGUACAUCCCGUACUGCUCCAGCGACGCGUGGAGCGGCGCCACCGCCAAAACGGAGCAGAGAGGCGGCUACGCCUUUAUGGGCUCGCUGAUCAUUCAAGAGGCGGUUAAAGCGCUGCUUCAGAAGGGGCUGGACAGCGCCAAGGUUCUGCUGCUGGCGGGGAGCAGUGCCGGCGGGACGGGGGUGCUGCUGAAUGUGGACCGCGUGUCGGAGCUCCUGGAGGGUCUGGGCCACGGCGGGAUACACGUGCGCGGCCUGGCGGAUUCUGGCUGGUUCCUGGACAACAAGCAGUACGACUUUACGGACUGCUUGGACGCGCUCAGCUGCGCUCCUACCGAGACCAUCAAGAGAGGCAUCAAGUACUGGGGAGGAGUGGUACCGGAGAAAUGCAGACAAGCCCACGAAGGAGAAGAGUGGAACUGCUUUUUUGGCUACCGAGUGUUUCCGUCCAUCAAAAGCCCGGUCUUUGUGGUCCAGUGGCUGUUCGACGAGGCCCAGCUGACCGUCGACAACAUCCAGUUGACAGGACAGCCCGUGCAGGAAGGCCAGUGGCGCUACAUCCAAAAUCUGGGCGUGGAGCUGAGGAAUACGCUCAAAGAUGUGCCAGCGAUGUUCGCCCCGGCGUGCCUGUCGCACGAAGUCAUCACAAGAACCUACUGGACAGACGUGCAGGUCAAAGGCACGUCCCUGCCCCGCGCGCUGCACUGCUGGGACCGCAGCCUCCAGGACAACAGGAACAACAAAGCCCCGCCCAAAGGCUGCCCCGUGCACUUGAUGGACAGCUGCCCGUGGCCGCACUGCAACCCCACCUGCCCCACCAUCCGCGACCAGUUCACGGGCCAGGAAAUGAACGUCAUCCAGUUCCUCAUGCACAUGGGCUUUGACGUGCAGAAGAUGGCCCAGCAACAGGGCUUGGAGCCCAGCAAGCUCCUGGGCAUGCUGAGCAGCGGCAGCUAAAGGGACUCGCGCGAGCCAGCCCGCAAACAAAAAGCCCCGCGCCGCUCAACGUUCAAGCUCAAGCCCGAGUGGGGAUGCGGCCGGUCUCUGCGGCCGGCGCCCCGUACCCGAUACCUCCAACCGCUCUGUCGACCUUCGUCUUCCCUCUUACGACACACAUCCUGUUCACUGGCGUACCUCAAAGCCCAAACCAAAGCAAACAAAUCGGAUUAGCGGCCGCGUACGAUGGCCGGGGAUAUUUAUUUGCGCACUUGGAAGACGCCCGGUACGCUUUGAUUUGUACAAACGCGUUUUGGGAAUACUAUUAAAGCAUCAUAGCCG